AUGCAGAUCCUCAUCAAAACCCUCACUGGCCGGAAGCAAUCUUUCAACUUCGAGCCGGACAAUACGGUGCUUCAUGUAAAACAAGCCCUCCAAGAGAAGGAAGGUAUCGACGUGAAGCAGAUACGCCUAAUCUACUCGGGCAAGCAAAUGAGCGACGAGCUGAAGUUGUCUGAGUACAAGGUUGUCCCUGGCUGCACCAUACACAUGGUCUUGCAACUGCGGGGCGGCUGCCAGUGUCACUUCUAA